AUGUACGCAAGAGUCACUGCCAGAGCUUUGGUUAGAUCCAUCCCCACGAAGGCCAUCAAGGCCACCCCCACUCCCCUCGCCCACUCUGCCAAGGCCUUCUCGACCUCGGCAUUGUCGAUGGAAGCACACAAGAAGAAGGAGAGAGUCAAGGUUCACUUCCCCGGUGCGCUCGACAGUCAUUUCUCGCAGGUCCUCGAGAUCCGUGAGAAGAUGGAGCCCAUCGAUACCUUCCGUGUCAUGGAUACUGACGGCAAGGUCCUCGAAAAAUCCUUGGAACCCGAGGUUACUGAGGAGUUCGCCACCAAGAUCUACAAGGACAUGUUGACCUUGAACGUCAUGGAUUUGAUCCUGUACGAGGCUCAGCGUCAGGGACGUAUCUCCUUCUACAUGACCAACGCCGGAGAGGAGGCCUAUAUUGGAAGUGCUGCCGCCCUCGAGCCCGAGGAUGAGAUCUUUGGUCAGUACCGUGAAGCUGGAACGUUGUUGUACCGUGGAUUCACUUUGGACCAGUUCAUGAACCAGUGCUACUCGAACGACAUGGAUUUGGGUAAGGGUCGUCAGAUGCCUGUCCACUACGGUUCCAAGGCCUUGCACUUCCAGACCAUCUCCUCUCCUCUUGCCACCCAGUUGCCCCAGGCCGCGGGAGCUGCCUAUGCCAUCAAGCGGUCCGGAAAGAAGAACUGUGUGAUGUGCUACUUCGGAGAGGGAGCUGCCUCUGAGGGAGACUUCCAUGCUGCUCUGAACAUUGCUGCCACCACCUCUUGCCCCGUCAUCUUCUUCUGCCGUAACAACGGAUUCGCUAUCUCGACACCUGCCAAUGAGCAGUACAAGGGUGACGGUAUUGCCUCCCGCGGAGUCGGAUACGGCAUGCACACGAUCCGUGUGGACGGCAACGACGUCUGGGCGGUCUACAAGGCGACCCAGGAGGCCCGCAAGAUCGCGGUCGAGCAGCACAAGCCUGUGUUGAUCGAGGCCAUGACCUACCGUGUCGGCCAUCACUCGACCUCGGACGACUCGUCGGCCUACCGGUCCAAGAAGGAGGUCGAGGACUGGAAGCGUCACGAUAACCCUAUGGUCCGUAUGCGCAAGUGGCUCGAGUCCAAGGGAUGGUGGGACGAGGCCCGUGAGAACUCUCAUAAGGCCACUCAGCGGACUGCAGUGUUGAAGAGCUUUGCGGCGGCUGAGAAGAGGAAGAAGCCCCCAGUCUCGGAGAUGUUUAACGAUGUGUAUGAUAAGUUGACGCCCGCCUUGAUCGAACAGAAGAAGGAGUUGGAGGAGUUGAUUAAGAAGUUCCCUGCUCAUUAUGAUACCUCCAACUACGCCAAGGAGAAAUAA